AUGUCGUCUCAAGUGUAUGCACAAAGCGUGCUGAAAGUGGCGGUGGCACAAAUUUGCCAAACAAUCGGUUGGCAUUCGGCUCAUACAUCAACCAUGGAUUUGCUAGUUGACGUUACACAACACUUCUUGCGAGAAAUAACUCGCAGUAUGCAUCGAUAUAGUGAACUAUAUAAUCGCACCGAGGCCAACCUUGAUGAUUUGGCUUUGGCUUACAAAGACAUUGGUAUAAACUUGCAGGAGCUAAUGGAAUAUAUACAGUUUGUUGAUCCAAUUCAAUUACCAUUGGAAGUUCCUCGAUUUCCACUGCCAAAAGAAUCCAACCUUAACUUUCUAAAGCCAGGCAGCAGAGAAGUGUUGAUGCGUCCCGUUCAUAUACCGGAACACAUGCCACCAAUAUUCUUUGAAAAUGAGGAAGAUGGCGAGGAACGAAACGGCACCAGUAAUGAUGAAGACAAGAUAGUACUGUACUCCGAGGCGCGAGGGUUAGCUACACACGCGAAGAGUAUACUGAGUGUAACUGGAGCGGCCAUCAGUAACGUAACUUCUGAUGGGAAACAAAAACCAGAAUGUACUACGAUGAUAAUGGCUGUCGAUGAUAUAGGAGCAGCAACGAUAGUUGACGACAGUUCUAUUGUGGUGGACACAGUGGUCAAUGAUGAAGUUGAAAUUCCGAUGCAAACUAUCGAAGUUAAGGACCAAGUAAAUCGAACGAGCAGUAAGCAGCGACCCGAAUCUGUCACCAAGGACAAACCUCCGCCAGAUGUUGAUGGGACCAGCGACACAUCAUCAAUGUCCAACAAAGUUGUGGCGAUAUCAGCUGAAGAGGGUCGACCGACGCGUGAAAUAAGCAGCGUUAUAAUGACUACAUCCGGUUUUAUUUCACCAGCUCGCGAAGGAAAGUUACCUGAAUCACGUAUACCUAUCAUCCCGGAAGAUCGUCCAACGCAACAAUCAUCACCGCACGUUUCAAGUUUACCUUCCAUGCAAACUCCACUACACGCGGCUACUACGCAGAAAACAAGUGCAAUCGAAUGCUCCAAUGCAUUAUCCGGCUUUUCUGGCGCUGGAAUGGGGAAUGCUACGCACGAUCUAGUAGCAGGUGGCAUCGGAAAAGCUGGUGGUGAGAAAUCGACGAAAAAAAUCAAAAAGAAACCAAUCAACCGUGAAAAGAAGAAGUCCGAAAAGAACACGACAUCGACAACCUCACGCAAGUCUGAAAAGAAUGCUGCAAUUGGCAAACUGAUCGGGCCAAAAUCAACUAUGGACAGUGACCUAAAACUCGAUACGAAGGAUACAAAAGAACCAACAGCGCCCACUAAGGUCGCUUUCCAGGGAAGUUUGGGGACUCCACACCAUCCUGAGCAAACUAAUACAUUCGGCAAAGACACAGGUUCAAAAAUAGAAUUAAACGAAGCAGCGAAAUUUGCUACUACCAGCUCUAUUCUAGGUGUUCCUGCUGGUGGCAGUUCUGGGAAGGUUGUAAAGCCUGCUAAGAUAAAGGUUAUCAAGGAAAAGGCAUUGAAAAAACGUAAGUCAUUGAUUCAGCAGCUAAUUAAACCAGAGGAAGAAGCGAUGCUGGGUGAUAAACAGGCUACUCCAACUGCACUGGCUCCCAAAUCAAAACGUAGCCAAAAAUCAUCAAAAAAAUCUAUCAAUCAGCCUCCGCAAUUUCCCAACACAUCGGGGAUACCACCGCCUUUAAUUGGACCUCUUGGGCUUGGAACAUCGGCCGUUGGCUCGACACUAGCCGACAGCUCAAGCUUAAUGCAUUCGGCACCUGGAGGCUCAAAUAUGGAAAAUGUGUUUGGAAUGGCAACAAAUACUGGUGUUUCAUCAACCACAACAUUAUCGUUGCCGCUUAAAAAAUCACCAAUUGCUUCUGUACAAAAACAUUCGGAUAGUGCUGCGCCGAAUCCGUGCAAUAGCCAGAUGGCGGAACAAGCUGCUCAAUUAAAUUUAUUGCAAAUGAUGCAUCCAAGUUUAGAAAUAACUGCUUCUCCCGUUAUGAAAUCACCAGAAUUCCAUCAAAAGGCAACUUCGGGAAAGAAGUCGUUUGACCCUAAAGGUACGAAGUCCGAUACGUUAUUUUCGCAAACAGCACAUGAUCGGGACGUUAUAGUCAUUGACGAUGAUAAGUCGCCUCCGCAUAUGUCCUCGCCUCAUAUGGGCACGACUGGAAUAAACUCUGGGAUACCUAUGACUAAAAAGCAACGUAAACAAGCCAUGAACAAUCCAGGUUUGUCGACUGGUACAAAAGUAAUGGGAUUGCUAGAUCACUCUAUAGCUGGCGGUACUUUCGGAAACGAAGGCAGAUCUGGAGAACCUUCAUUAAGGGAAUUCCCAUCGCAGUCUCACGUUAAUGUCCCCUCGAAUACUACUACAUCCUCAGCAUGGAUGGGCGAAUCGGGACGUUUAGCCAUGCCAAAUAAAGGAAAUGGCAAUGAAAAUUUGUUUCCCGAAUCUCCUAUGGCUACGUUUAGCGAUAGUGCAAUGCAAAGUAAAAUUCCAGAAACUGAACAUAUUGAUGCAGGUCCUUUCGUCGCAGCUAAUAAAAAGCAGAAACGUCCUAAACAGAAGCCAAAAGGGGAAGCAAAACGUAAAAAACAGUCAGACGUAACGCAAAGCACAGAGGAACCAGAUGUAGUUGGAAAGAAUCCGUUUGCACUUUUUCCAAACCCGAUGAGCCCACGAAUGAUAGGAACAUUUGACACCAAUUCGGCAUACGCCAAAUACCUCAAUCAGUCACUACAAGCCGUCACCGGUCUUCGUAAUCCUAUACCAUUCGGAUUAUUUCCGUUGCCAUCUGGGCCUGGUUUGAUUCCUGACAAUCCACUUUUUCCCCGAUUACCGCCAACGUACCCUGGUCAGCCAGUACGUCCAGGAUUUCCACUUGGCUCUAACCCAUUCAGCUUAGCCGGAAUCAAUCAGAUUAACAACCUAUUGCGCAUGCCCCGCCCCCUUCUGAACCGUCAUCCCAUGGCAGGAUCCUCUUUUAACCAAGCAGAUUAUCUUGAUGAGCCACUAGAUCCGGAAACUAAACUUGCUCAAACACCGCUAGAUUUACAAAAAUCUACCUGUAACGUUGCACCGUUAGUGCCACCUUCACUGUUUCAAAAUGUUUCCGACAAUUUAGCACUGUCCAGCACGAAUGAACUGCUUAAUUUAUCCGUUAAAACUACUCCACCCGACACCAACAAGGAUAUCUCUACAACAAUCCAAAGUCCGACAACGAAAAAGGAUACGACAGCCAGCAGUGGCGCUAAUUUGCAAUCAUCGACAAGUGUGUCCAGUAGUAUGAAAGAUGGAAAAACAGAAAAUCUGCGUGAACCCUUCAAAGAAGAUCAGGUGGUCAUUCUACCGGCAGCUAGUGUUUUACCGGGAGCCAGUCCACCGCAGCGUAACAACAUGACGUUCAUCGACAUUGAUGAAUCUGAUGGCAGUCAAUCGACGGCAACGACCGGUGGAAAGAGCAAAGAUGGCAAGCGUAAGUUGAAGGAACACAAGAAGGACCGGAAGCUGAAAGAUGGCAAAAUAAAAAAGAAGAAAGACAAAAAAGAAAAGAACAAGAGCAAGGAUCGUGACCGCGAACAGCUGAAGGAAUUGACCGCAGGUACAGCCACUUCGCCCGGUGUGAUGACGAUGGGUAUGAUAGGCGCCGAAGAAGCACUGAUGGAGCAGCUGCGCAAGGAGCGUAAGGAGAAGAAGGAAAAACGGAAGGAUAAAAUUAAAAAGGAGAAACGUAAAGAUCGCGACCGAUUCGUUGCGACUGCGGGUGGUGGUAAUGUACCGAGUAUUGAACAAUCAGGGCCAAGGGAUGGUCAGAUGAUGGGUGACACUGUUCCAAAGCUGAUGCUUAAACUAAGCGGUUCGAAUGCGACUCAAUCACCACGCUCUGAAACACCCGAAAAGCCGCAUUCUGAUCAAUAUGUGACUUUGCCGUCCCAUGCCUCUAAACGAGAUGGUUCGCCGGAACUUGCACGUAUUUCAGCGCUCGUUACACGCCCUCCAAAAUUGAAGACCAGUUCUGGUACGGGCAGCAAACUAAACAAAGAAGAUGGUACGACCAGUGCAUUGGCAGCUAUGAACAACGAAUACACUAAAGGGCAGCCCUUUGAGACAGAUGAAUCUUUACCAACCGUAAAGCAAUCGGUUAAAUCACAUGGGUUUAAUAGUGCUACAAGCAGCACUCACGCCAUUGCAGCAACGGACGAUGCCGGUACCGGAGCGGGAACAAGCUCUGCUGGUCGCGGUUAUAAGAUACCCCGAAGCACGGACAGCGCGGAAGCAGCAAGCUCCAAAUCGUUUGGAAGUGGGGAAACAUCGAAAAAAGCGGGCAAGGAAUCGAAAACUUCUAAAUCAGAGCAUCACCAUCAUCAUGCUUCGACGGACUCGUUCAGCACGCCGGUUCAUAUGACUGAUGCCGAUGGCAACACGGUUUGGAUCUGUCCAGCGUGUGGUAGGGUAGAUGAUGGUACGCCAAUGAUUGGAUGUGACGGGUGUGAUGCAUGGUACCAUUGGGUAUGUGUAGGAAUUCAAGUACCACCAGAUGAUAACGAAGACUGGUAUUGUCGUGUUUGCAUAGGUAAAAAGCAGAAUUCACAAGCAGAUGAGAAGCAACGUAAACGUAAAAAGAAAGAUAAAAAAACGUCGAAAGAUUAGCCCUGGAAAAAAUACGUUUGAAGCUAACGUAAAAUUGUAAGCAUUUAGAUUUUUAUGAUUCUUUUAUGCAUUGGUUGAUUAUGUUGACCUUUUAUGAUCC